AUGAGCGAAUGCCUGAUGUUUGGAAUGGAUUGUGAGGCGAGAUGCAUGACAUCGAUGACGGCCGAUGAGGAGAAUAUUUGCUUUUUGGUCAACAAGCUCUUCAUGGAUCCAGACGCCUCUCGUUUGAUGUCAAAAUGCUUCAGACACCCAGCUGGAGAAGUCCGCGCAAUCGCUGCCCAUCCUACGAAGAGUACAAUCGUUGCGACGUGUACAGCCGAUUUUAGCAGUCUCGGCGGAACUCAUUCAAUCACAAUAUGGAACAUCGAAGAAGACAAACGAACACUGGAGACCGUAAGUCGUCUGCCAACCGAACCAGUGAUGUCAUGUCUCGAAUGGGAGCCAACUUCAAUGCGUUGUGCCACUUUGACACCAUUCGUACCUGAAAUUCAACUAUUGGAUAUGGAAAAUGAGCCGAGGAUUGUGCAAACGAUGAAAAUCCAGUUGGAAAAUGAGGAGAAUGAGAUGUUUGGCGUUCGUUGGAGUCCGCAUUUCGAUGGAAAUAUGUUGGGUGUGACAACUGGAAGAACUGUCAUGUGUAUGGAUUCUAGGACUGAAAAUGAACAUUUAAAAGUGAAAGAUGCACAUUUACAUCGGACAAUUGCAAUGGAUUUUAAUCCCAAUUUGCAGCAUGUAAUCGCGACCGGCGGUGACGAUGGAUACGUCAGAAUCUGGGAUACACGACGAACGUCAUCAGCUGUGAUGUCCCUCCAUCCACACGCUCAUUGGGUGUGGAGUGUUCGAUUUCAUCCAGUACACGACCAACUUCUUCUCACGGGCGGCUCAGAUGCAUCCGUUGUUCUUUCGUGUGCUCAAAGUGUCAGUAGUGAGCAAUUGAAAGUUUUUAAAGACGACGAUGAUGAGGAAGAGGAAGAAGAGGACGAGGAUUUGGUCGAGAAGUUACAAGAUGGACAAUUGGAAAGGAUUGAUGAACAUGAGGAUAGUGUAUAUUCGUGCGCCUGGUCAUCAGCCGAUCCGUGGUCAUUUGCCUCACUUUCCUAUGAUGGACGGAUGAUUUUGUCGAAUGUUUCGAGAAAACACAAAUACGCCCUAAUGCAAUUAUAA